UGACUUGCUGAGCGACGAGUGUGGCAAAGUUGACCUGGAUACACCGACAUCAUUCCGAUCUAUCUUGAUGCUCGAAGUGAAUUGAACGCAGCAGACUCAGCGCGCCGUUAGGGUGCUGUUGAACGUGCUGAACGUGCAAGGUCUGCGUCGAAUAAACUCGCCCGCGACAAUCAAUGGGUGUGUGCCUAACUUUGGGUGUUCCUAUACAAAACAGGCCUUGAGCUUGUACUAGUCAACCACAUUGGCACGCAGUAGACAUACUCGUGCGUACCACGCGCAGGCCCAAUGCUCCGGGCUAGAGGCCCAGGCUCCCACGCUGAGGUCCUUCCUUCACUACUUGCUCGGACCGCAAAUGAAUUUCGACCUGCAAUACCUGUCUCCCGGCUUCUUGACUUUCUUGUUCUUCUUCCCUUCUCGUUCUUUACAAACUGACUACUCUUCCCAUCCACCAUGUCUGCUAAGGAAACCAAGGAAAUCCAACACAUUGCGGCCGCUGUUCGCGUGCUUAGAGAGUCAGCACCUGCUCCUACAGCUACCCUCGCGCAUCUCGAAACGUGGGGAAGAAUGGUCAUCCAGUUUCUGGAUCAUCUUCGCGUGAGGCGGCGGCACCUCUUAUCACUGACGAUCGUGCAAUCUCUCGUGACUCUCUUUCACGAUCGAGUCGAUGAUAGACGGAUUGUGGAAUGGCUUCGAUGGGGCGAAUCUUGGAUGCCGAGAACGAUAAUCGCUAGGGCAGCCCCUCCGCCACCUUCUGCCACCCAACAAUUGUCGCUGGAAGUUGCGACUUUGCCGUUUGCGAAAAAUAAAGGCAAGAAGCGAGCCGCGACGUCGUCUAUCGAUGAGACGAACAGUGAUUGCGGCCGUGUUGAUGGUGACGAUGUCGACCACCCUUCGAACCAGGACCGGGCAGAUAAUGAUGUAGAGGCCCAGAUAGGGAGCGAAGAUGAUGGCGACGAUGAUGAUUUUAUAGAAAGCAAGGAUGAUGAUGACUAUGAUGUUGAUUUCGUAGAGGGAGAGGAUGACAACGAUUUUUUAGACAGCCCACCCAGUGGUCUUACUGGUUCGAGCAUCGCUGCUAGGCGCCCUCGUCGUCGUCUCACACGUUCGAGUGUCGCGACUGCGAACUUGCAACAACUAUUGCAACCUUCUCCUCGCUCUGCUGCGGCUGGUAGAAGAAAGUCUCCUGUGUCGUACGAGCGCCCUACCAAACGAGCUCGAAUAAAUCCCCCUGGUGCUUCACCGUCUGAUUCUUUGCAAUCGGGCCGAAGCCCGCGAAAAGGCAUGUCGGUCCGUGCUCUCCUGGACAUGUACAAGCUUUGCCAACCCCGAAAGGUGCGCUUUAAAUGCCAACGCUGUCAGUUGUUACAACCAUCGGCCAAGCCUUGCCUAACGGUGACACGAGGUGCGAGUGACUUACCACUGGAUCGCUGUGCACGAUGCAUCACCGACCAUAAGAGUUGUGAGUGGAACUAUGGGGAGAAGGCAAAGAAUCUUGUAUAUCGUACGGAUUCUCGUUCGUUCUAUGAGCCACCCAAUACUUCUUGCCCUCCCACUCGCACCUACUCUGGUUCUGGCUCUUCCAUCCGCGUCCCACCUGCGGGUGGUCCACGUCGUCCUUUGCCCGGGCCUAAAUCAGCAAGGGCGAAGCAAACAAGGGAUCUGCACCCUCCUGCGCCUCCUACCUUCUCUCGACCGCAUUUCAGGACAAUCCCUAUUCUUCCUUUGCCUGAAACUGAUUCUCCUAUCACUACAAGGGAGAUAACUCCCCUCCUCCCUUCUUCACCGCCUGCGAUGCAAGUGGAAAUGGAUUUCAAAGAGUCUAGUGAAAUUACUGGAGAUGGUAUGGCCCAGCUUGUCGAUGAAGAUGUGAUCGUCGAUAAAUAUGCGAUCGCCAGAGAUACGAUCGUCGAUGAAGAUGCGAUCGACGAACACUCGAUUGACAAAAUCCCACAGGUUCACUCCUACACCAAUGUGGGGGUGCAAGUCCCUUCUCCACAUCCCGACGACGACGUCCUCUAUCGUACUUUAGGGAAUCACAAUUUUGCUUCCCUCGGCUUUCCUCCUCACCUCGCCAGGAUCAACUUGCGAGCAAUCGAGGAUGCACUAUCUCCUAUGUUCACUCUACCCACCCACUCUAAUAGUAAUCAGCUCUUCCUCGAUACAUCUGGUUCCCCUGCAAUUGCUUCAUUACCGCUCAUGCCUAGCUCAGAGCUUGUCGGGCUCAAUGAAGUACUAUUAGUUGAUCGAUCCCAUCAAUAUUUCAACCGCUUGUUAAUUAAUUGGGCGAAUUUAAGGUCGGUGGCGAUGGAUCUGCGCACUACUGCGCGCAAUCUUGAAGCUGUUCAGAAUCGCUGGGGUGAAUUGCAGGAGGUCAAGGCUAACGUUCAGAACCGGGGGUCUAGGAAAGGCGUUGUGAAUCAGGUGGGUGAGGAAGGGAACAUCUAG